UUCAUGAUGCAAGGAAAAAAUGACUUGUGCGACCUAAUUCUGAGGACACGGGAGGAGCAAAUUGUGGGUGCUGAGUGCCGUGUGUGCCUGUGUGCUACGGACACAGCCCUGGGCUCACUGAGAAGAACUUUAACCAACCUGAAGACAAGACUCCAGGUAGAGCAAUGGCCUCACUCAGUGCAGCGAACGCACAGUUCUGCUUUGAUGUCUUUAAAGAGAUUAACUAUGACGACACGACUGAGAAUCUCUUCUUUUCUCCCUUGAGUCUCCUGUCCACCCUGGCCAUGGUGCUCUUUGGGGCCAGAGGCAACAGUGCAUCCCAGAUGGAAAAGGUGCUGCACUUGAAUGAAUUAACGAGAACUGCAAAUUCUUCAAACACAAGGUGUGAACAAGAUACAAGGGUCCAUUCACACAUUCAAGGGUUCCUCUCUGAAAUCAUCAAGUCCAGCCGCAGUCAAGUCCACAUGGCAAGUGGAGUGUUUGCAGAAGAAGCCCAUCCAUUCCUCCCGAAAUAUUUAGAUUGUAUUGAACAAUUAUAUAAAGUAAAACCUCAAAAUGUGGAUUUCAAAAAUAAUUUAGAAGCCACUAGAACACAGAUUAAUGCAUGGAUUGAAAAUAAGACAAAAGGUGAUAUUAAGAACCUCUUAUUAGCUGACUGCCUCACAUCCUCUGAUCAGCUGGUGCUGGUUAAUGCCAUCUCUUUCAGAGGGACCUGGAAGUAUGCAUUUCAGAAAGACCAAACCACGGCAAUGGCCUUCAGAUUGCAUGAGUCUCAUAGCAAAACUGUUCAGAUGAUGCGGCUGCAAGGACACUUUAAACUGGGCUCCAUUAUGAAGCCACGUGUGCAGGUUCUUGAGAUGCCUGACGCGGAAGAUCACCUGAGCAUGGUCAUCAUCCUACCCAGCAAGGAUGUUGGUCUGGGACAGGUUACCAAUGAAAUCACUUAUGAGAAACUAAGUAACUGGAUAGGCUCAGCCAGUAUGAAAGAUACAGCUGUGGUCCUGUACUUGCCCCAGCUCAGACUUGAUGGGCACCAUGAAGACUUGGCUUCCAUACUGACAGCUUUGGGAAUGACGGAUGCCUUUGACCACUCAAGGGCUGACUUGUCUGGCAUAACUGCAGGAGGAGGCCUCAGGGUCUCCAAGGUCAUCCAUAAGGCCAUGCUAGAGGUUACUGAGAGUGAUUCAGAGUUCACAUCUACCAACCAAACAAGCAAAGUGGAAAAUCCUGAAAUCUUCAAGGUGGAUCAGCCUUUUCUCUUCUUUAUCCUACACAGGGAAACUAAGAUGAUUCUCUUCUAUGGUAGAGUCUGCAACCCUUAAGGAAGGGACUGAAUUUAUACUCAAACAACUUUCUGAUUCUUGAAAUUGGCUGGAUUUUAUGAGCUUGUAGAAAACACUCACUGUAGGUGCAACUAAAAUAGAUAUACCAUACUCCGUAGCAAUGUUUUUCUUUCAAUUGUCUCAUGUGAAAUAUGCAUCCCAUCCCUUCUUGUUUUGGUUUACUUUGGUUAAACAAGUUAUAACAUGCUAUUAAUCGCACUUAUUAAAAAAUUAUGAUCCAUCCCAUUUCCUUUUUUUCCUCUUUAAAAAAAAAUUAACAGCUUUGUUGAGAUAUAAUUCAGAUACCAUAAAAUUCAUCAUAUAUUUAUAUAUAUUUAUUUUAAUUGAAGCAUAGCUGACUUACAAUAUUAUAUUAGUUUCAGGGGUACAGUAUAGUAAUUCAAUAUUUUUAUAGUUUAUACUCCAUAUAAAGUUAUUAUAAAAUAUUGGCUAUAUUGCUUGUGCUGUACAUUAUAUCCUUGUAUCUUAUUUUUUUAUACCUAGUAGUUCAUACCUUUUAAACCCCUUUUCCCCUAUCUUGCCCCCCUCCCCCCUCCCAACUGGUAACCAAUAGUUUGUUCUUUGUGUCUGUGAGUCUAUUUCUGUCUUGUUAUUGAUAUCACUUCUUUCUUACGUAGCUUUCAACUCAAUCAGAACCUCGUUUAUAGGAUGCUAAAGCUCAGAAUGCCUUUUUCUAAAGAAACGAUAUUAUUCCAUGUGAUUAGGUUACCAAGUUAGUUCUCGUUUACAUCACCUGCAGCUGAACUAAUGAUAUUAAUAAGAGGACUUAACCUCCCCUGGGUGUAUGGGGUGUGCCAGGAACUCACACAAAUGACCUAAUUUAAUUCUCACCAAAACUCUGAGCGGCAGGAAUUAUUGUCUUCUCCAUUUUAAAGAUGGGGAACUGAGACUUAGGUGUAGUAAUUUAACACACAAGUGGCAAGUGACAGACUGGAUUUUCAAACCCAGAAAGUCUGAUACCAGACCCCGACUUGUGACCUGCUCACAAGUCUGCAUUCUGAGACUCAGAACCCAAGCACCUAGGGUAGAAAAUGGAGCAGAAAUGAAAAGAAUUCUUUUCCUCCUUCGCCUCGUAUAGGAAUGAGAACAGUUCAGUUCAGAAAUAACACUGGUAGCCAUUCUCAAGUUUACAAAGACGUUUCAUACUUGAAAUCAUCAAACAGGUGAAUGUGGUUUUACGUAUUCCCCUUCUCUCUUCCUGGGUCCCUCUCCACUUAACUCCCACUUUUUCAUCCUCGAGCUCUUCUUUCUCUUGGCUUCCUGGUGGUCAUCGUCUCAAGCCCUUCUCCAGGGGAUCCCACUGAGAACAAAAUAGAAAGAGCCCUGGAUUUGGUGGCAGGAGAUCUCAGUUAAAAUGCUGACUCUGUGCAUGUAGUAGCUGACAAGUUUGGGUGAGACAUUAACCUCUCAGAGCUCAGUCUCAUUCUCUGCAUGGUGGACCUCCCAAUCCUGCCUCUUCCAUCAGGCUGCUGGGAGAUUCGAAAUUUAACACACAGCAAAAUGCCUGAGAAG